UUAUUAACGAAAGCGUUACGGAGUUAGCGUGAGACUUCAGGGUUCUGCAUUCUGAAACAUCAAUUACAAUAAAAUCCGGUAAAAUUUCGAUUUAAAGCUUUCGUGACUGCAGGGAUUCAUCUUCUUGGUUCUUUCGGUAAAGUCACGUAGAAUGGGGAUGUGUUUCCUCCGAAACGUGGUGCGAAUUUUUAUUUGUAUUAUUUGUAUUUUUAUUAUUAUUUUAUCUCCAUUCUACGUGACUUUACCGAGAGAACCAACAAGAUAAAAUCCGGUGCCGGGGAGGCGCCCUUCCCGUGACGUCAUCGUCACGCGACGUCCGCGCUGGGACUCCGCCCCGCGUCGUCGUCACCAGCCCGCCACGUGCUUCCGCACACUGCCGGGAGCCACGUGCGCGCUCCCGCGUUGGACGUCUUCACCGCGUGAUCUUCGUCAUUUUCACCGCCAGCAGCAGCAGCAGGAUUACUUCGUUAUCAGCAACGGCAGGAUUGGAUAUCGCCGCCGCGCUGAGUAUGACAACAUCACGGUCUUGUUGAGGAGGCCCAGGGGGGGGAUAUUUCUUUUUGCAGCGCGGACGCGGGGCAUCGAGAAAUAUAAGAGAAAAUGACGAAGAAACGACAGCGGGACACCGACUUCCAGAAAGUGAAGCUCAAGGUUGGGAAGAAGAAACCCAGGGCUGACAAUGAGACCAACACGAACUUUAAGACGCGCGCUAUUACCGUCCCAGAACAACUCAAGGCCACCGGCUCGCAGCCCACCACCAAGCGCAAACUUAGCAUUGAUACCCUUUUGACGCAGCUGCGCCACUAUGGCACGACCGUGCGGCAUGGUGCCCUGGGGGGACUCAAGGAGCUGGUGGAGGCUCACCCCGAGCUGGUCCCCCAGCAUCUUCCGUCCUUGGUGGAUCAGGUGACACCGCUGCUCACCGACCGCGAGGCCGUGGUGCGGCAGGGCGUGGUGGCCGUGCUGCGCUCUAUCUACCCCCGCGUGGAUGCCGCCCGACUCUCGCCUUUCGUGCCAACGCUGAGCGCUCACCUGGCGUCCGCCAUGACGCACCUGAGCGAGGGCGUGCAGCUGGACGCGCUGCAGGCCCUCGACGCGAUUCUCGAGACUUUGCCCCAGCUGCUCGUGCGCACCGCCAGUGGCCUGCGACUGCUGGGCCUGUUCGUCCAGCUCAUCUCACGGGGAGGCUCGCAGGCUAAGGGAGAUAAAGCGCCCCGGCGCCUCCUCGUGAACCCCAGUGGGCAGCUCACGUCCCAGCAAUGGCGGCUGCGCGUGCUGGUGCGCCUCGCCCGCUUCCUGGGCGCUGUGCAUCGAGAGACGGAUGGGGAGGGAGAGGUGCGCCCUGCGGAGGCAUUGCACGUGGACUGGCCGAGCUGCCAGAGGGGCGUCGAGGUGUUUGAACACUCGGGACUACGGCCCAUGCUGGCCACGACGUUUCGUCUAUGUCCAGUCAGCAUGGCAAACUCGAGCGAAAUGGUGGUUGACAAUGACCUGUCCCAUCCGGAGGGCGUUCGGACGUUCGUGCACACCCUAGUGCCACUUCUUCUGGAGUGCUGGGUGGAGGCGGCUCUGGCCACGCAGGAUGGGGACGUGCCCAUCCCAGGUAGUGAGGGUCUGGCCGUCAUGGUGCAGGUAGCCAACACGAUGCUCCUGCUGUGGAGGCUGGUGAUCCGGCACGGUCGCACCCUGGGAACAUUUUUCCGGGACACAUAUUUCACCGAUUUCAAAUCACACUUCUUGAAGAAUUUUCCGUACUCCAUGUGUGAGAAUGUGGCAAGAAAAUCCAAGCAAAAAGGAGCGAUAAAAGGAACCGAGGUAACGGAAGACACUGUCCUGGGUCUGAACCUCAACCUGGCCGAGCUGCUGGCCUCCGUGGCAGAGCACGGCUGCGGGCCCGGGGGGUGGGGAGCUUCGGCGACAGUACCGGCGGGGCGUCGUGCCGCCCAGCCGGAUGCCCUGGAGCCCGUGGAGCACUACGUGGCAGGGCUGCUUUCCGGGGGCAGCCGCCUGCCCUCCACUCACCUCGGCACGGUGCUGGCUGUGGUCCGUACACUCCUGGCCACUCUGCACACUCAAGCCCGUGUGGAGGGAUUGCUGCGCGCCGUGUUUGCGGAGUACCAGCAGCGCAGCGUCACCGUGGCCAACCGCCUGCGCAUGCUGCGUUUCUUCCGCAGCCUUUACGUGGACGAGGGGGAAACCUCGGUCCACGUGCGCAGGAGCAAGGUGCUGUCCCGCUGGCUCAUGACGCUGCCGCCGCAGCUUAUUCAGUUGGGUGCUCGCUGCCCCGCGUUCUCGGCUGAGCUCGUGGAGGUCAUCCGGUCAGCUGCUGCCCACGCCAACAGCAACCUCCUGGCCAGCCUGUCCACCCACGCGUGCCACAUCUACGACCCGACAGAUGGGGUAGUGGGCAGCCUGGUGGCAGACGCCGCCACGCAGAGGCACCUCCUGCAGCUGCUCUACCACCUGCCGGUCUUCCCCGAGGGCCUGCCACCCCACCUGGCCCACUUCUGCCUUGACGUGCGCUUCCCUGCGGAAAUGGCCAAGACCGUCAUCAGGAUGAUGCAUCACAGGGCUUGUCUAGGAACAAGGGAAGACUCCGAAGAGGCCCCAUUUCCCGACACGGCCUAUCUUGGCUUCAUGUUCUCGGUGCUCAUAGGUGUCACUGCGAAGGAGCUGUCUGGCCUCAAACAGAUGGAUUUGUCACACGUGACCAAGAGCCACUGCACCAAGGUGGACCUCUUGGAGACGAGCUGCGAUAGAUUUCUUCGCCAUGCAGCCAUUAAUGAGGUGGUGUGCUGGUGUUUGGGAUCGGUGCCGUCUCGCCCGCAGCUCCUCGAGGUUCUUGGCCACGGCUUUGAGAGCCACUUGACCGGCGUUCCCGUGCUGCCGGACACGUGCGCGUUGGGGCUCCUGAGUGGCGUGACGCGGCUCUGGGACCCGGCGUGUGACCCCGAGCUGCUGCCGCUCGCGCUCGUCGCAGCGUGCACCCGCGCCCUCUUGCAGCGUGCCCUCGCGAGCCCUUCGUCCGGCACCCCCGCGCAGGGUGAGCAGCGCCGAAGGCAGUGUGUGCUCGAGGCUUGCGAGUCCAGCCUGGCCACCCUCCCCGGCACCUGCCCCGCCGUGCUGAGCUCCCUGCUCGAGGAGCUCGCGUCGGGAGCUCCGAGCGCCGGCGACAGAGUGCCGCCGGCACCCCAGAGGGAGCACGCGCGGGCGCUCGCGCCGAUGCUGCAGUGGCUGAUGCAGGAGCAGCACUUGAGGCCUGUGGUGGCGCAGAGUGCACAGCUGCUGGGCCGGCUGGUGCAGACCGUGCUGGAUGCAGGGGGUGCAGAUUGCUGGGAGCAGUGGAAGACCGACUUGAAGUGCAACUUCACCGUGUUUAUGUCUCAAAGCCAGGUUUGACAUGAGCUCAGCGACAUACAGGAAAAAGGUUGCGCAUGAUACGAUUACGAAACAUUUAGGAUUUAUUUUUACUCAAAUGUGACCUUGCUGAGUCUGGGACCUGCUAAUCACCAGUGAAGUAUAGCUUCACCUAAAACUGUAAUUUUGCAAUAUCAUUAUACACUGCAACAGGAACACUUGACAAAUAAACUUUGGUGUUGAAAAAUAUGCCUCCAGCUUGA